CGGCGGCGAGCCGCGGGCCGCGGAAUGUUCUGGGCGCCGCCGCCCGCCCGCACACGCCCGCGGCCCUUGGCGGGAGGCGCUGAGGCGGCCGCGCACGGAGGCCGGGUUUGGUGUGGCUGAUGUCUGUGGCUCUCGGGAGGAUCUGUGUGGCACGAACCUGGCCCAGCCGCAGUGCCCUUCACGCCGGGAGCGCGGCCACAGGAGUCUUCAACAUAGCCCACGUUACCAUGGCCACCUACUUCUCCAAGGAUCAGGAGGAGAGAAUCAAAUGUGUCAAGGGGGACCUUUUCUCCUGCCCCCCAACAGACUCCCUGGCUCAUUGCAUCAGCGAGGAUUGUCGCAUGGGUGCAGGCAUAGCUGUUCUGUUUAAGAAAAAGUUUGGAGGAGUACAAGAGCUGUUGGACCAACAAAAGAAGACUGGGGAGGUGGCAGUUCUCCAAAGAGAUGACCGAUACAUUUACUACCUGAUUACGAAGAAGAAAGUUUCUCACAAGCCAACCUACGAGAGCAUGCGAAAGAGCUUAGAAGCCAUGAAAGCUCACUGCCUAAACAAUGGAGUUACAGACAUUUCCAUGCCUAGGAUUGGAUGUGGACUUGACCGCCUGGAUUGGAAUAAAGUUUCAGCAAUACUUGGGGAAGUGUUUGAAGACACUGAUAUAAAGAUCACAGUUUAUACUCUGUGAGCAAGAGAGUUGAAAGAGACCCCCUUUUCCCUUGCUUUUGGGAUGGGAAUCGUGCUGGCUGUUCAGGGAGGAAACUGCAUCCUGAGCACAUUCUUUAUCAGGGCGUAGCUCACCCCUGUGUUGUCAGUGGCAGUGUCUUUUAACAAGAACCCCCAAAAAUAAGCUCCAGAGUAGCUAAUUGAGGAUGCAGUGCCCAAGAAGCCUGUGAAGAAGGCAGAGGUGUCGUGGUGGCCCUCGAGGAUUCCCAGUCUGCCCCAGGAAGCCACCAGGUGUCACUGGUCCUCCACGAGCACCGCUUGAAGCUGGCGGUGCCUGUGCAGAGUGAAACUGGAGCUCUCUGUUGCUCAGGUAUUUGUUGCUCUGUAGUUAAUGGUUGACAACGAUGAGCUGUUGCAGCCCUGUCACUUUUUGGUUUGUUAGAAGUUUUGCAGUGUUGCUACCUGGCAUACAGAUCACUUACUCUGGUGGUUACAGGACUGAAGAUUUAAUUUCUGCCUUCUGACAACGAGUAGAUUUAAUUUGUUAUGAGAUUGUACUCACUGAGAAUCCUGCUGUCAACAUGAAAUAAAUAGCUGUUCAGUACUCUGCUAUCA